GAAUGAAGGCUAAUCCGUGUGCGCGUGUUUAAAUGUAAACAACGGUAUAUAAAGGUGAGGCCGAACCUUAAUUUAACCAUAGACCUGAUAGACCUUGAACUUUAAUUGUACAUGUACCAUUACCGGCGUGUCCUGGAAAGUUAAGUUUACGCUUGGAGGUAGGCUAUCUCCAUGGUUUACACAACGAAAUUACAACUCGAGCUCGACGGGGGGGAGUUCCAAUUUGAACGAGCGUCUGUGAACCAGUUUCCAGGGGACGAGUGGGUUGUUCAAAAUCAACAUGGCGUUGACGCCAGUCUGCGUAGAGGACUUCGAACAGUACCUCAAGGCGAGCGUGUCUGACUUCUUCUGGGAGUAUUACAGAUCAGGAGCCCAGGAUGAACAGACACUGAGAGAUAAUCCACUGGCCUUUCAGAGGUAUCGUCUUCGACCUCGAUGUUUGAGGGACGUGUCUCAACGAGACACUAGCACCUCUAUCCUUGGUCAUCGGCUUGCGUUCCCCGUCGGGGUGUCUCCCACAGCCGCUCACUGCUUUGCACACAAAGAUGGAGAAGUUGCAACUGCCAGAGGUGUAUCAAGUGUUGGAUCUGCCAUGAUUCUCAGCAUGUGGUCCAACAGGACUCUGGAGGACGUCGCAGCCUCUGUGCCCCCCGACACGCCGUUGUUGCUUCAGCUCACCAUUCUGCGUGACAGAUCCAGAGUUGAGGCAGCAAUCAGACGAGCUGAGGCAGCGGGCUUCAAAGCGCUAGUGGUAACGGUAGACGAACCAAUGCUGGGGAAACGAAACUAUGAUAAUGGAAAGGAAGUUGACCUGACGGGAAUUAAGUUCCCUCAAGUUCUACGUUCUGACGAGCAGUUCAGCCGUGAUCAAAUACAGUUUUCUGAUUCACGAACAUGGAACGACAUUCUGCGGCUAAAAGAAUUGACGUCACUUCCAUUUGUGUUGAAAGGUAUACUCACAGCUGAAGACGCAGUGGAGGCUGUGAGGCAUGGUGCUGCUGGUAUCCUGGUGUCUAACCACGGCGGACGACAGCUCGAUGGGGUACCAGCUACGAUUGACGUCUUGGCAGAGAUCGUCAAUGCAGUGCGUGGUUCCGGUGUGGAGGUGUAUCUUGAUGGAGGAGUACGUAAAGGCACUGAUGUCCUCAAAGCCCUUGCCUUGGGUGCACGAGCCGUGUUCAUCGGCCGACCAGCACUGUGGGGCCUCGCUUACGAUGGUGCUAACGGAGUGGAAAAAGUUCUGGGGAUUCUGAAAGAAGAACUCAGCCUGGCCAUGGCUUUAAGUGGUUGUUCGUCGGUAGCAGACAUCACAUCGGACUUGAUCGCAGUGCCAUCUUACUGCAAGCUGUAGUAGCAAGUGAGAUCCACCCCAUUAUUCCAUGAAACCAUAAUUCUUCAGUACUUUAAGCAAAGAGCACACUUUCAUUUGGCCUAAUGUCAUGAUGAAAACCCUGAACCACAGCACCACGUGUCAACCAGUUGACAUCAAUUGAUCUUGCUGCCAGGUCUGAUGUAAUGACAAAACUACAUGAGGCAUGGGAGGCACAUGCCCUCAAUGAGUCUGUCCGCCCCCCAUGCACCCAUAUGAAAUGUGCACAUAAUACGUACAAACCACGAUUAUAUUUCACUACCUGCAUGAAAAAUUUUGUGCACCCCUGGAUACCCCCACAGAAAUUUUGACCUAGUCACACAAGAAGCUUUGGAGCACGUUUAUAAUCGAAUUUCAAUUUAUUAAAAAUGAACACUGUUAUAACAAAAUAUCAGUCCUUCUGAUUUGAGUCCAAACCAAAAGGAGGAAAAUCAAAUAUAGUUUCUAAAUCUCUCAGCAAAACAGCUAGGCAGUGUAGUACAGCACAGCUUCUGCUAGCUAGCUGUUUGCAAUACUGACAGCCCCGUAGCCAUUCCAAACAGAUCAGAUUAUUUACAUGUCAUUGGCCCAGUCCCAUCAAGUCAUUGUCAUUGGCCAAUCAGCUUGCUUCAAACAAAACAAACUUUAAGUCGCUAAGUGUUUUGGUACAAAAUUGUUCCAUAAGUGCAAUAUACCGGUAUAGUUGCAACUACGGCGUUAAAGUGCAUCAGGUGGCAAGGCUUUGGUACGGGAGUUCUGAAGUUUUAGUGUGUGGAGCCACCUCUUUAUUGCCAUUGCUCUAAGGUCCGUCUAGACCUGGAGCGUUAGCACCUGUUUAUAACCCCGACUAUUGUCAAAUAGAAUUCAGCCUGGCUUUAGCCCUCGUAUGCCCAAGGAAGGUUUUUAGUCUAAAGGCUAGAAUAAGGACAGUCUGAUGUAAAACCUACUACCUGAAGACCUUGCUGCAACUGUCCCAGCUUUCUAGGCCAUGGCAGAUGAACCCCGUGUGUAAAGGGUGGGGCCAGUGCAGCUCCACCUAAAAACUCCACGAUGCAGGCCUUAAGGUCACAUCCAAAUACCCUCCAACUACUUCAAGCCCUGCAGCGAUAGAAAAGAGGCAGAAACGGUAGGUUAAAAAUGGCACACUUGAAGCUGCAGUCCUCAUCCUGUAUGCAGGUGGUUCAUCAUCUGAUGACUCUGGAGACUACAACAUCAUUGAGCCCCACCCUGAACGACCAAGUAGCCUUCUCUAAGGACAGCACUGCUUACUCCAAGCAGAACUGGGUGACAUUCCAACCCUGUAGGAGACUGUCAAGGCAAUAGAGCAGUCAAAAAAGUGGCAAUGCACCAGGCGUUGAUGGAAUCCCUCCAGAAAUCUAAAAACACAGGGCUCAUCCUUACAUGGCAAACUCCAUGAACUCUUUUGUCUGCUGCUGAGAGCAUGGGAAGCUACCAUAGGACCUCCACGAAUUAUCAUCAGCCCGUAUCAGAACAGACGGCGAAAUAUCUGAUGAGUGUACUAAAUACAGGGGAAUAACCUCGCUCUCCAUUGCAGGUGAAAUCCUUGCAGGAAUUCUUCUGAACAGAUCCUUGCCAUCUAUCGCAAAAGAACAGCUUCCAGAGAGCCAUUGUGGCCUCAGAACCACUACUGACAUGGUGUUUGUACUCAGACAGCUCCAAGAAAAAUGUGAGGAGCAGAACACAGGGAUAUAUAUGAGUUUUGUCGACCUUACUAAAGCGUUCGAUACUGUCAGCAGGAAAGGUGUUUGGCAAAUCAUGGAACAUGAGAUCAGCAGCGGUCAAGUCGGGCAUAGCCUUGUCCUCUCAGAUCACUUUCCAAUAGACAAUGACGUUAAGCAAGUUUGUGUCCUCGCGCUGACUCUGUUCUCGAUUUUUUUCAGCGAGAUGCUCAAACGGGCCUCGGAAGACCUAAUUGACGACGAUGAAUGUGCUUGUAUCUGAUACUGCGCAGACAGUAGUCCGUUUAACUUAAGACGACUAAAAACCCACAUCAAAGAUACAGGAGCAACUCAUCCAUGAGCUAUCUACUUUUCUCUGAUGAUGCUGCCCUUAGUCUGCGUGCCCUGUAGCAAAAAACGUUCUUCGCAGAGGUUGCUAAGCUCUUCGAUCUAGGGGUUGGCUAGAAGAAGACAGAAGUUCUUCUUCAGCCCGCACUUCUUGAGGAGUACCUCUUCUUGAGGAGUCCAUCAAGUUAGUUUCCUCGGGUGCACCAUUUCAUCCAAUGCCAAGAUGAAUAAAGAGAUUGACAAUAAACUGGCAAAGGCAAGCAGUGCGUUUGGCAGACUGUACAAAUAAGUUCAGAACAAUAGGCAGCCGAAGAAAGCACUGAGAUCAGUGUAUACAGAGCUGUUGUACUGUCUACUCUUGAACUGAAUCUGCUUGCCCUGAAGAAGGUACUCAGUUACCGAGAGCUCGGCAAUCGCAUAUUUCAGAGCACUGAUUUGAUAUUAUAUUCUUGUCGAUAUUCUGAUCACGGUGCUACGCAGCCUUUCCAUAUUACUUUGUACUGUCUGCCCUUCUGUUUGGCUCUCAAGUGGUGGACCACUUACCAUCACCACCUCCGACUCCUUGAGCGCCUCCAUCAGCGAUGCAUGCCUCUGCACUAUCCCUCAUAUCCGGUGGAGUGAUUCUAUCACCAACACUGAAGUUCUUUCAGAUGGUGGUCACCAGCAUUGAGGCGAUGUUAUUGAAGACGCAGCUAUAUGCUGGGCAGGACACCUCUUCUGGAUGGAGAAUCAUCACCUGCCCAGUAUUGUGCUAUGUGGCGAGCUCUCGACUGGCCAUCGUGACAGAGGGGUACCUAAGAAAAGGUACAGUGAUUCUUUAAAAAAAAUUCCAUGGCACCUGUCGCAUGAGCCAUUACCAGUUGUCUGUUCUAGCCACCAAACGUGAGGCCUGGUGUCACACCAUCCUGCAAGGGAUGACCUCCUUUGAGAAGACGGGCAGGGCUCAACUUGAAGACAGAAGAAGAUCAAGGAAUAGAUAUGAUAUCACAGUACCCCGCUAAGAGCCAACUUGUCCUUGCAGCCGCAUUGACCGGGAUUUCUCGUCACACAUUGGUCUUGCUAAUCACCAGCGAGCGUGCAAUACUCUUCAGCAACACAUGGGUCUCCCGAAUUCUGGGUGCACUUUAAUUGGUCCAGAGGGAAUAUAUUAUUUAUGAGCACUCUUAUGUAGCACUUGUGCUAGGCCGUUUCUUGGGGCACAUCCGUAUCGUGUCGGUAAUCAAUCUUUGUAACGAUUCAAACUUGAAUCUCAGAAGAUAUAGUGGGCGGUACAACCCCCACUCCAUUGAGACAGUUGAGGCAUCGUACGUAAAACGUGAGCAACUAAAAGCUAAGCAGUGUCCGCAAUGGCAAGGGUAAAUGUGUCGUGAAAUGUUUCUUUUGAUGUUUCAAAUCUCAAGCGUUUAGCCAGGUAAUGAUGAUCAAUAAAGACUAGACUUCGGUAAACAGAACGCUGUCCUAUUCUUCCUACCUCUUUGCGCGGAACUUAGAGGGAAAAGGGUUUGGCGGGGGUUAUUUACACACUUGCUUGACUGUACCGAGGCAACACUGAUGUAAUCUUUGUCCUUAUUUUUUUUCUCCUAGCUUCUAAUUGCAACUUUCAUAGCUGCGUGGGUGUUGCAACUGGUUCGAUGGCGUUUGCCCUUUAUUGCGGACGUGUCCACCAUGGAGGAAAGAAGACAUCCAUGGGUCCAUGUAGCCAUUUUUUUCUGUUUUGAUAUCAAUAACAAGUUUAUAAGCUUGGCAGACAAAGAGCAACCUUUUUAUGUUUCAUUUAAUGAGCCUCAGGAGUUGCAGGGGAACUUUCAGAUUUCGACUCAGCAGAUGUGAAACUUGGUAAGAUAUAGCUAAAGUAUCAUUCACUAAAUAUGCAUUAUUUUACAGUGUGUACAUUCAAAUUUGCCUAAUGUGCGUGUCGACCGUUAUGCAUCGAUUAAUACUAAAAACGGUGUUACUACUGGGACGUGUUUCUUGACUUCGAGGGCUUGUAAUCUCUACUGGGUAACAUUACAAAUCUAACUAUAUGAAUCAAUUAUGUAGGAUCGACUUUAUUUUGACGAUAUGUUUUAUUUCAAUUUCACAAUUGUCCCAAUCCAGCGUACUGAUUGUUAAUCAUCGCCCGAUUUGCAUAUGUAUUGAGAAGAAAUCUCCUUUUAACUAAUGGAUGAAUCCUUUCAUUUGCACAGCCUUGUACCAUUGAAUCUCACUGCAGAAAGAAUUUCAUAUAUAUGUGUAUUAAUUGCACUGCACGCAUUUUAUGUGUGUAAACGGUGGAGGGACGUAGAUUAUUUGUCAACAGAGUCGCUAUAGACAAGUUUUAGCUAAUGCUACUAAUCUUCAACUACUUAGCUGCACCAGUGGAAGUUCACUGUAGGAAGUUAAAAACGUACUUAAAAUGGUUAAGUUUUUACGUUAUUGAAAUGUCACUUAGGGAAAACGCUCGGCAGCAGCAUGUCAAGCGGGUACAGGGGCCCAAGCCUGUGUGGGGAUCAGAGUGUGGACUCUGUGGUAAGGGAUGGACUGGAAAUGACAAGUAGGCCUCAACUCGGAUAUUGUUUUAUUCCUUGCUACUCGAGAAUCAGCUCCUCUCGAGAACCAACAAAUUGAAGCCAAGCAAAUUGAACAAAGCCAAACAAAAGAAAGCGAAGCACUCCGUUACACUGAUACAGUAAAGGUGCGUAUGACAUGCACUUGACUUCUUAUCAUUCUGUUAAAUCCCAGGGUCACGAAGUGAGAUUAAUUUGUUCAAGAGAAAUAACUCUUAUUCUAUUUACGCAUAGGAGCCAAACAUAUAAGAUAACAUGAGUGUGCGUUGACAGAAACAAAUUGUUGAUUUUUAUUUGGCCAGUGUUUCCAUGUAGUAUUUUUAUUUAAAUUAGAUAAUUUCACGCGAAGAACAGACAAAGCCCAUUGGAUAGCUCAACUCUUGCAUGAGUAAGUCCUUUCUUAUGAGGUCACCAGGGUCACACAACAAAAGGAUUGAGGGUGUCCCAGGUAGAAAUUUGGCGGUGUAUAAACAAUUUUCGGGUUGUAAAGGAAACUUGCGUCGGAGAGUCCGAGGAGAGGGCACGUCUUGCCAUCCUCGAUGAUUUUGCUGUAAUUGAGUCUGAAACUGCGAGAAUCCAGCUAGGUGCACUGAAGAACUUAAUGAUUGGAAGCAGGUGUAUCGGUGAAGAUAAACUCCGACCGAUACGCAAGGCGGAAAAAACACUACUCGAGACGCAAGAUUUCCCAAGAACCAGGUGUCCACGCAACCUGUAAGUUUAUUUUGAAAAUGUUGUGGUUACACGUAUUUACAUUUAGAUAAGUGAUUGCUGGAGUAACGAAGAUGUAUUAGAGAACUUGGAUUUAUGGUUGCAUUGGUCACUUUAAAAGAUUAGAUGUUGUCAAGAUAUGGAGUGGUCAUUAUUUUUUAAAUAGUUGUAAUAAUGGUUGCAACUACAGGUACUAUAAUAAUAUCCUGUAUAAUUACACCCUUCGACGUUGUCGAACAUUUGUACCAGA